UCGCGCGCUGUCCGCCGCUGGUGUGCUCCCAUCCCCAGCGGAACAAAGAAGCAAAACCCACCCAUGCCCACCGUUUCCACCACCUCCUCCUCCACCAUCUCGAGCUCCGCUUCAAUCUCCAUCCCGAAGGUUCGGUGCUUCGACCCCGCGAGCUCCAGUCCCGCGUCCUUCAAUCACCACCGGCGCCGCUCCAUGAGCCACGGCAACUGCUCCCCGGUUGCGACGCGCGCCUCGAACGGCGGCGCCACGGCGACGGGCUCGCCGCCGCCGAUCGCCGACCGGAAGAUCGUCGCCGGAGAGGCCGGCUACGUCCUCGAAGACGUCCCUCACUUGACCGAUUACUUACCUGACCUCCCUACGUAUCCUAAUCCGUUGCAAGACAAUCCCUCCUAUUCGGUAGUCAAGCAGCAUUUCGUCAAUGUGGACAUUACGGUGGCCCAAAAGAUUGUUGUUCACAAGAAUAGCCCGAGAGGGACCCAUUUUCGGCGAGCUGGACCUCGGCAGAAGGUGUAUUUUGAAUCAGAUGAAGUGCACGCCUGUAUUGUAACAUGUGGGGGCCUGUGCCCUGGCCUGAAUACUGUCAUUAGAGAAAUAGUCUGCGGUCUAUACCACAUGUAUGGAGUCAGCGAAGUUCUUGGUAUAGAGGGAGGUUACAGAGGCUUUUAUGCACGGAACACAAUUACUUUGACGCCCAAGGUCGUUGAUGACAUACACAAACGUGGUGGAACUAUCCUUGGGACCUCAAGAGGGGGCCAUAGCACCUCAAAGAUUGUUGACAGCAUAGAGGACAGGGGCAUCAAUCAGGUUUACAUAAUUGGAGGAGAUGGAACUCAGAAAGGUGCUUCAGUUAUCUUUGAGGAAAUUAGAAGGCGUGGCCUGAAAGUAGCAGUUAUUGGUAUUCCCAAGACCAUUGAUAAUGAUAUUCCGGUUAUAGACAAGUCUUUUGGUUUUGAUACUGCUGUGGAGGAAGCACAGCGAGCUAUAAAUGCAGCUCAUGUCGAGUCUAUAAGCAUCGAGAAUGGAAUUGGCGUUGUUAAAUUAAUGGGUCGCUAUAGUGGCUUCAUAGCGAUGCACGCUACUCUUGCCAGUCGAGAUGUGGACUGUUGCUUGAUCCCAGAAUCCCCUUUUUAUCUUGAAGGCCCUGGUGGUCUUUUUGAAUACAUUGAGAGAAGACUUAAAGAGGAUGGGCAUAUGGUCAUUGUCAUAGCUGAGGGUGCAGGACAAGAGCUCCUAUCUGAAAGCAUGCGUACCAUGGAACAGGCAGAUGCUUCUGGAAACAAGCCACUUCAAGAUGUUGGCCUCUGGAUUUCUCAGAAAAUUAAGGAUCACUUUGCAAGGAUGCGGAAGAUGGCAAUAAAUCUCAAGUACAUAGAUCCCACGUACAUGAUUCGUGCUAUUCCCAGCAAUGCCUCCGAUAAUGUGUACUGCACUCUCCUGGCUCAUAGUGCCGUUCAUGGUGCAAUGGCAGGCUAUACAGGAUAUACCGUUGGCCCUGUCAAUGGGAGACACGCUUACAUUCCGUUUUAUCGAAUUAAUGAGAGUCAGCACAAGGUCGUUAUAACAGACAGGAUGUGGGCAAGGCUUCUGUCUUCCACCAAUCAGCCAAGCUUCUUGGACCCAAAAGAGGUCGCGAGGAAAAAGACAGAAGAAACACACCAGCCAGAGACAUCGUAUAAUCAACUGGAGGCAGCGACGGCCAAGCAAAAUGAGUAGAGAGCACCUGCCAGAAAUUUAAUGGCCACCUAUUCGAAAUUGUUCCUCGAGGUAGGAAGAUCUCGAUAAAUAUUAUCCUCCUACAGUCCUUGCUCAUGGAUGUAAUUUUGUAGAGUUCCAUUACCGAAUGCUCGAUAAUGAUGCUCGGCGGCAGAUGUAUUGUUGUGGCCGACGUUCGCACGAGGGAUGUUGUACAGAAGAAGGGAAAUGAUGAUAAAAUAAGCACCAUAUGAAGAAUAAUUUUACGGCUUAAAUAUAAA